AUGGCGGACGGAGUGGUGACGCAGGCGUUCUCCCUGGCCGGGUGGGCGGUUCUACCAAAUUUUGCCACCGCCAUUUUGCAAUCGACAUAUUAUCGGUUGACCGUUCGGGCUGGCCAGAGACACCCACAGCCGGGCGAGCCCGCGUUUGCUCAGCACAACCGUCGAAUCCGAAUCUUUGUUUUGUGUCUGUAUUUAGUCUACACCCUGACCCAGGCCUUAUAUGACAUCAGGCUUGCCGGGGAUUUCUACAGCACGCUCGGCGCCACGCCGUGGUCAACGGAGAAAGAAGUGAAGAGUCGGUUUCGACGAUUGGCUGCAAAAUAUCAUCCGGACAAGCUGCAUGAGAAUGGAAGGUCGUUUCCGGGCGCAGACGAGAUCUUUGUGCAAAUCAAGCUGGCGCACGACACGAUACUGGAUCCAGCAAAAAGAUUUGCCUAUGACCGCUUUGGUCCCAGCGUCGUGCAGGUACAACGGCCAGGUCUCAAGACGAUGAGAGAUUAUGUCUAUGCUGGGCUUCAAUCCAAAAUCCCAGAGUAUAUCAUGAGUGCGGUGAUACUGGUUAUCAUGAACUACGUUUGGCUGCCCAAAUGGGGACAAUUUUGGCGCUACUGUGCCAUCGCCACCAUGGCCUUUCUCGAGCUCUACUUCCUCACACAUACCUGGGAACCUCCGAAGCUGGUCCUUCUAUGGGCAUCUCUCGCUCAAAACGCCGCACCACAAUUGUUUCCGCCACAGCUGUUACCCUUUCAGAUCUUGGAGCUGGCUAGGCGUAUGUCCAUGUCUCUGAACAUCUUCAUCUCGCAGCUUGCCCCUCCAUCGCACAGGAAUGCUGCGUUGGGCGAUUUGCAGAGCCAGCAGCAGAUCAUCCACCUAUCUCAAAUUGUCGAUAGGGUAGAUGGAGAGUCUGCAAGUCUUGUUCAGUCAGGUCUUGGUCCCUUCAGAGGAGCGUCCGAACAUAGGGAAGUUUUGCGAGCGGGGAUGAGAGAUUCGCUCGUAGCUGGCGCUCUACGCAAUCAUCCUGAGGUUCGGGAGGCCGUUCGGCGAGCGUUGGUCAGAAGGUCAGAAAGGUCAGUGCCGCCGAGUACCGACUAGGACGGUCUAGAUAGAUCACAAACUUGAUGAUAUUACGACAUUCUUGAACA